CUGAUAGACGGCACUGACUGGCAUCACUGCUGGGCACUGACUGGCUGCACUGACUGGCACAACCGCUGGGCACUGACUGGUGGCACUGACUGGCAGCACUGCUGGGUUGCACUGGUGGGUGGCACUGGUGGGCAGCACUGGUGGGUGGGCACAGGUGGGUGGCACUGGUGGGCACAGGUGGGCGGAACUUGCGGGUGGCACUGCUGGGCACCGAUCAUCAGGGGACUGAUCAUCAGUGCCCUGAUGAUCGGUGCCGAUCCUCGCUCUGACAACUGCCAGUUCUCGGCAGUACUUUCCUCACGAUCUGACAGCGUGAGGAAAGUGCAGCCGAGAACCGGCACUUGC